CAUUAUAACAUAGAUGAUGACGAAAUCACGCUGAUUUGUUGUUAAAGUGACAUUAUUAGAACGCAUUCAAUGCGUUCCCAAGUCAACACCGAAAACGUUUCUUGAGGGUGCGAGCGUUUCUGAGGAGCAUGGACGCGCUACGGCGAAUUUUCGUGAGGAAACGCUGGACAUCGCUGCUACAGUGUCGUGUGAAAGCGACUUCGUCGAUGCAACUAAGGGCUUUCGCAGCUGUCAAGAAAAGCGCACUGACGGGAUUCGUUCAUAACAGAAGCGAAAAAAGCCUGACCCUGUGCCGAGCAUUCUCUUCACAAGGAGUACUUGAUGAGUAUGAAGCUGUCUCGCCUUCCAUGACCGAAGCCGAAUAUGAGGCCAUUACAAAAGAUACGUUGGAAUCUUUAGCUGAGAGAUUUGAUGAAAUCAUUGAAGACCUCAGUGAUGUUCCUGAAGCGGACUUUGCAUUGAGUGAUGGUGUUUUGACUAUACACCUUGGGCGAAAAUAUGGUACCUAUGUAAUCAACAAGCAGACUCCGAACAGGCAGAUAUGGCUUUCAUCACCUGUCAGUGGUCCAAAGAGAUACGACUACGUGGGAGACACAUGGGUGUACAAACACGAUGGUGUAUCUCUUCGUGAACUCCUGGAAAGUGAGCUAUCUUCGUUGCUAAAAAAGCCUAUAAAGUUUGAUUGUUGCUUAUAGGAAAUGUUUAUUAUAGGUUUCCAAACAUUUAUAUUUAGUGUAAAUAAACAUUUGUUGACAAA